AUGGUGGACAAAGAUAAAGUAUGGUAUUUACCUCCACCAACAGAUGAAAUCGAAGGAGAUUUUGGACCAUAUUCAGUUAAAGAACUUCGAGCAGCAAGAGCUGACCUUAUUAAAUUUGUCCAUGAAAAUAAUGGAGCUAUAUUUCAACGAGUGAAAUCUAAAUGUGGUAUUUUACCUGAUGGUAGAAGAAAAGUAUCAGGUUGUGAUAUAGCUUGUGUUCCAGUUGAUUUAGAAGGUGCUGUAUCUUCUGAUGAUAUGAAUGGAGAUGCCAAGCGGGGGGAAAAAAAACCUUGUGAAGAUGAAGGUCCAUCCAAGAAUUCCAAAAAACAAGCUGUGGACAAAAAGUUGAUUGCCUAUUCUUGUGAUUUUUGUCAUUUUACCACUGAAAAAUUUAAUGAUGUGGAGGCUCAUUUAAAAGAAGAAACUCAUUUUUCAGCCAGCAUGUGUCAUUCAGUGAAGGAAAAUGGUUCUCUAUGUCCUAAAACUCUACUGAAGCCAUUAGUUGUGACGAAUAGAGCAGCUAGAUAUAGAAAUAUUAUUCCAAUAUGUCCUGUAUGUAAUUCGGUUUUUGAAAAUAUAAAUAUUUGUAAUCUACAUUAUCAAACACAUCAUGAAAAUUUCUCUGAUAUUUAUGGCUUGAGUAAAGUAUUAGAGACAUCAUGGCCUAAGAUAUCUAAUAUUAAUAAAUGUUUAAAAUGUGAUAAAAAUUUCAAUAAAACUAAAAGUUUACAUGAUCAUUGGAGAAGUGCUGAUCAUUUACCUAUAAGAAAAGCAAAUUCAGAUGAAAUUAGAAUUAUGUUUUGUCCUCAUUGUGAUAUGUUAUUUUAUGAAUUUUUCAGCUGUAAAGAACAUAUACGACAUGUCCAUACUAGUGAAAUAGGAACUAAUGCCUUUUCAAUGAUGGUACUUUAUUUAGAAAAAUCAGGGACUGAAUUUCAUUUGCUUCCUUCUUCAACUCCAGCUUCAACAAAACAGUUGGUUAAUAAAGAAAUUGAUUUGUUAACUCAACUGAAAAAAGCAGCUGCAAAAACUGGAAAUUCGAAAAAAACAAAACGACUCUUAAGAAAAGAUAUUCAAAGUUAUAGGAUCAUGCAAGACAAAAUGGGUUGA